CUUCAGCACGAGAAGCAGCGACAAACAUCCCGACGUGGAAAAGCUAGAGAUGCUCUUGGAAGCUUAUUUUGUACAGAUCGAUAGCACUUUGAACAAGCUGUCCACACUGAGGGAAUAUGUGGACGAUACGGAGGACUACAUAAACAUAAUGCUUGAUGAUAAGCAUAACCAUCUAUUGCAGAUGGGAGUGGUUCCGUUGAUUGCCACAUUGAUCGUAAGCGCCUUUGUCGUUAUGGUUGCUAUUUUUGGCAUGAAAAUCAAGGUCGAUCUGUUUGGCGAGAACCAGGCUGGCACGACAGAGUUCGUGUGAACUGUCCGCGGCGGCGCUGCUGGGAGCUUGCUGCUAUACGUGGUUGCAGUUUCAUGGUGCAAGCAAAAGGGGCUCCUUGACUGAGACAUGCUUCUGUGUUUCGACUGUCACUAUGUUUGUAAAUUUGCUUGUAUGGCAUCAAUGGAUCAGCAAAGCUUCUUCAGCGGCGUGGAGCAUUCCGAAGUCGACGAAGCCCUCUUCGGCUUCCACGACGACUCCUAUUUUCUUCCCUUCGACACCAUCUUCCAAAACGACACGGACUCAUUGAUGUUCUCUGCAUCGCCUGCAAAUGGCGAUCAGCAAAGCUUCGUCUGCGGCGUGGAGGAUUCCGAAGUCGACGAAGCCAUCUUCGGCUUCCACGACGACUCCCAUCUUCUUCCCUUGGACGCCAUCUUCCAAAACGACAUGGACUCAUUGAUGAUCUCUGCAUCGCCUGCAAAUGGCGAAGGAUUCAAUAAUUUCUUCCUUCCCUCCCACGAUCGCAUUCACGAGCAACCUCCCCCGCUUUUUGAGCAAAGUUCGUUUUAG